AUGCUUCUUCCACUAGUGCCAAGUUUAGGCAUCAGGAAAGGUUUGGUUAUCAGCUCGUUUUUCCGAAGCAAAAAGGUUCUGCCGAUUGCCGAAUUAGUCACACGAUCCAGUUCCAACUUUGUGUUACGCCAUCGGUUCAAGAUGAACGUUGCCUAUUUCCGUCAGCUGCCCAACGAAGCUCAAUGUGCAAUCUGCUUCCAUUUGGCCAGUGAACGAUACAGAAUCGAUAAGGUGUUCAAUUUUUCCAGGAAUGUUACGGAGAACAUCGAUGCCAGCUUGGAAAGGAUGCGAACCAACAUUGAAAAGGAAGUCAAGAAAAAGUCCAAUAAAAAAAAGAAAAACAAACCUGGAACAGGUGAGCAGUUACCGGAAACAGAAAACUCGCAAGCGAUGCAAGAACUGCCAGAUGUUAAGGUACGAUUUUUCGACGUAAGAAAGGAACAAGACCUCCAGGAUAUUACUAUAUCGGAACUUUUGAAUAAAGUCCGCAAUGAGGAGCAGAUACUGCUGAAAAUAUUGGAUGAUGACUUCCGGAUAGAUUUUAAUUCACCUUCAGUCCAGAGCAUCAAUCUACCUCAGUCGAUCUUGGCCGGAUUUUAUGUGUACCCAUCGAAACUUGAAUUAAUAUUCGCCGAAAGAGAGCAAUCCGAAUUUCAAUGGUACCGAGGAAAAAUGCCAAAAUCAAACAAUGCUCAACAGAUCGAAUGGACCCCGGUUGGAAGUGGAUUUUCGUAUAGGGCUAAACCUGAUGAUGUUGGAUGCCAUCUCAAGAUCGUUUGUGUUCCUAAAAAUGCACACAAAGCGGGACCACCUACGGAGGUUGUUUCCUCUUGUGAGAUACAGGCUGGUCCUGGUCAAUGCCCUUUCGACAUUCGUCACCUGUUUACACAGAGCAAGCUGGUGAGCGAAUUUCAAUUUCGAGUCGUUACUUACAAUAUUUUGGCUGAUUUGUAUGCUGAUAGCGAUUACAGUAGGACCGAACUGUUUAAAUAUUGUCCAAAUUAUGCAUUACAUAUCGAUUAUCGGAAGCAGCUCUUCAUCAAGGAAAUCCUGGGAUAUAAUUCAGACAUAAUCUGCCUGCAGGAAGUUGAUGCCAAGAUUUUUGAACUGGACUUGGUACCAGUGCUACGAAUGAAAAACCUCGAAGGACAUUUUAAAGCAAAAGGAAAAACUGCUGAAGGAUUGGCCACCUUUUACGAUGUGAAACGAUUCGAGGAACUGGACAGGCAAGGUAUCACGUUUGGAGAAAAUUUGGAAACGAACGUGGCCUUCCAAGGGCUUUGGAAUCAGAUUAAAUUGAACGAAAAGCUGUCAGCCCGAAUCAAAGAUCGCUCAACUGCAAUACAAGUUACACUACUGCGAUCCCGUUCCGCUCCGAAGAAGCACUUGUUGGUAGCCAAUACUCACUUUUAUUUUCAUCCGGACGCUGAUCAUAUUCGGUUACUGCAAGGUGGAUUCUCCAUGCUCUAUGUCCGUGAUCUUUACGAAAAGUUCGAACGAGAACUUGGUUUGGAUAGAAAAGAUUUUGCCAUUGUAUUCUGCGGAGACUUCAAUAGUGUUCCCGAGUGUGGAAUGUACCGUUUGAUGACGGAAAGGUUCGUCGGUGACGAAAUGGCCGAUUGGCAGAGCAACGAGGAAGAAGCCGUACGAGGAGUGACUCUGUCGCAGCCAUUCUUGUUCAAAUCGGCCUGCGGAUGUCCGAAAUAUACCAACUACACCGUUGGCUUCCAGGCUUGCAUCGACUUCAUCUACUAUCAGUGCGAAGCUCUUCGGGUUAACGACGUGGUGCCACUGCCCAGCGAGGAGGAGCUGAUGGCGUACGAUGCCAUUCCAUCGCCGGUAUUGCCAUCUGACCACAUUGCUCUCGUGGCCAGUCUUGAGUGGAACUGUAAAUCCUGAUAAACGAUUGUGGUUUUAUUAUUUGCAAUGUCAAAUAAUUGUUUAUAUUGUAGUAAUAAUAAAUGUAAGUGGAAAAGCAG